AAUAAAAAAACGGCAAAUUGGAUAUAAAGAUUUCGUGAUACAUGUCAGACAACAACACCGCUGACUACAAAAGCAUGCAGACUUAGCAGGUGGUUUAAAAGCUAUUGUAGCUUUUCCGCCUGUGCAUGUCAAAGUAUAUGGAAAUUAAAUGCAUGAAAACAUACAUGGCUUAAACGUUAUCUAAGAAGACAUGGAGUUACUAGAUAUCAACACCGAUCACUUUGCUAUAGUGGCAUCACUUCUACCAUUCUUGUCGACCGUUAUCUGUGUUAUUUGUUCUUUGGUUCUGCACUUUGAUCAAGCGACAACAACUCACUGUCGAGUUGCAAAUUACUUACCUUCAAUAAGUGCAGCCACCGGCGAUUACUCCCCAGAAAAGUAUAUCUGGAGAGUUGGGAUUGGGUACCAUUCCUCACUUCGAUUGUUUGGAAUAGCAUUAGAGUUUAAUUUGUUCUUCCUCAAGGCCUCGCAUCAAACUAGAGCGAAGACGUCUUUUAUGCUUUUGAAUAAACUGAAUACAUUUUGUUACACAUURGAAAACUUUGCUCUUGUUCUUCUCACUUUCGUGUCCGCCGAUGAAAAUUAUGAAAUCCAUGAAAAAAGUUUCAUCGUAUUUAUGGUCACUAGUAUGCUACAUAUGCUGUUUUCAUGUAUACUCUAUCACUGGACGUGCCAGGUGCCUGCUAAGAAUAAGGAAGUUUGGAUAUUAAGAAAGAAGGUGUCUAUUCUGUUGGCCAAUUACAGUUGUUUUGCUCUUGCAAUCUACUUUUUCUUCAGGCAUAACUGGUAUUGCGAAAGUGGUGUCUACACUCUUUUUGCUUUCUGCGAAUAUAUGGCUGUCUUUUCUAACAUAUAUUUUAACUAUUCAAUAAUUGACGACAUCAAGGGCCAGGCAAGAUUAAAAUUAUCCUGUCAUCAGUUCAAUUCCAAAACUCAAUAAAAUACACCCCAACAAAUACAAUGGCGUAAAAGAAUUCAAAUAUCGCAUAAUUGACACUCUCACUUGCCCAUGAAGUUGAAGCAAACUGGCCAACGCUGCUACAUUUUCACGAUAUCUUUUGAAGUUGUCCGAUUGUCAAGUCCGUAAACAUUGUUAUUUCUAAGAAUCUUCAUUUAAAUACCUGUAUAUGUCUAGUGUGGCCAAUAAAAACAAUUUAAUUUUUUUAA